AUGUCUUUCCGCGUCUCAAACACCGCUCUCACCGCUUUCCGCGCUGCCAAGAAGCCUGCAACUACCACCCGAGCGUUCCACUCGCCCUUCGCUGUCCUCGGCGACGGCCCGCUCAGUGCGACGACACCAGCAGCGGCCAGUGCCAUCUCUGCGCACUACGAGAAGCAAUACGAGCCGACACCGGAGCCCGUUGCCUCACACGGCCGCUACCGCACCUACGUCGUGUCAGAACCUGAACCGACGUCGCGUCACUACCAGGUCCCCGCCGGGGCGUACCCCACCUCUGCACCAUAUAUCAACUUCACUGCGACGCCUGCACCAGACACCACCAACGUGCAGUAUUCAUCGACAAGCGCAGACAUCCUUGCGCAUGGAUUCACGACGCGCGCCGCGCCCCAACACCGACGGGGUGUAGGCGAGAGCUCUGCGAUCAGGAACGCAUCGGCCCCUGGUGAGAUGGGCACACGCGGAGGCAGCAAUGGAGGGAGGACGAUGAUGGACAAGAAGGGGACGACCCCGGGCGUGGGCCAGCUCGCCGACCGUAACCCGCCGCCGGAUGGGAGUGCAGCUGAGAAGUUCUCAAAAGCGGGCGUUGAAGGAGCGUGGAAGCUGAGGAAGUAA